AUGAAACAUAUUGGAAGGCAUUACGCUGCCACACUCGAUCAUUGGUACAGCGCAUGGAUGAAGAACAAGAAGGAAAUCUUGGCGCUGGGUUACUCUGAGUCUUUCCAUCGACGAUGGCAGUACUACUUCUGUCUGUGCUCGGCUCUGUUCGCCAAUGAUCACAUCGACACCAUUCAGUUCACUCUCACAAAAGCCUCA